AUGUACAAUCCUGCGUCUGCGAGAAGGCCGGUAGGCAGUAUGCAACCUCCUCAACAAAGCCAAUGCGAGAUUCAGUCUAAAGAAAAACUUGCUACUUUUGUAUAUGAAUAUUUGUUGCUAAGCGGCGCUCAGAAAUCAGCAGAAACGUUCAAAGAGGAAAUAGUUAAUAACAUUCCAAGCUCAGUUCAUUUUAAAUCUGCUGAUAGUGGACCAGGAUUUCUACAGAGUUGGUGGCUAGUGUUUUGGGAUCUAUAUUGUGCUGCUCCGGAAAGAAGAGAUGGUACAUCUGCCGAACCAUCCCAAGAAGGCAAAAUGUUUUAUGACAUUUUCGUACAAGGUGGAGGAUAUGGACCCGGACACAUGAUGAAUGGAAUGCCAGGAAUGUUUCCACCGCCGGGUGGUGGCCAGAUGGGUAUGGGAGGACCCGAGGGAAUGAUGCCAGGUAUGCGUGGGUUCCCACAAGGCAGACCAGGUCCUCAGGGACCAAUGUCUGGGGGCUAUGGAAUGUUCCCGGGUGGGCCUGACCCGAGAGGAAUGCCACCACAAAGAAUGCCACCUAACAGCAUGAGGAUGCCAAAUACGUCUUUUGCUCCCGGUCCAGGGAUGAGGCCAACUCCUGGUCCCCCGCCACAAGGUGGUUUUCGGGGCCCACCAUUCAUGGAUUCCCCUAAUCAGGGAUUUCCACCAUCAGCAAUGAUGCCAAACGGCAUGGGAUCACAAGCUCCGAUGUCUAUGGCUUCUCCUGGAAUGCCGCCUGGACCCCCUGGGGUUCCAGACGGUUACGGAAUGAUGGGAAUACCACCUAGUUCAUCGUCAAUGCCUCCCUAUUGCAUGGGAGAUGCCUCAGUGUCAGUUGGGAAUAAUGGGAUGCCCCCAUCUCAUGGUGAUGGGCCACCUAUGAUGAUGAUGGGUAGUGAAGAGAUAAAACAAUCACCAGCAUCAACACCACACGGCAUAAAUGGGGGCACUCCUGCUCCAGGAUCUGCUCAAAGUGGGCCUCCCCCUUCUUCGGGGACACCCGUCGGACCCCCUUUAGAAGAUAAACCAGGAAGUAACAGCAAGCCUGAAGAUAUGGAUGAAAUAAGCAAAAUUAAGCAGGGACUUAUGGACGAUUCUCUGAACUUCACCGAAACGGCAACAGCAGAACAAGCUAGUGCUGGUGGUGGAAGUUUUUAUAAUUAA